CCGCGGAUUUUUGAGCAUUGCUUCUGGAUUCUACUUUCGCUUCUGGAUUACUGUGUUAUUUGUGUUUCAUCUGUGUAAAUUGUGUACCAAAAAGUUUCUUUUUGGUGUAGUCUUCAAGUUGUGAAAAUUUGGUGAGCAUUCUCUCACUUGUUUCGGAGAACUUGUUGAUAAAGCAAAUUACCGUCUGUGUCCGCCAUCUUGGAUUUGCUCCAACGUGUGAUGCCGUGCCAAUCUACUUGUGGCUCAUGUUCGAAAGUUGUAGGACAAAAGGCCCAUGCACUUCGUUGUUUCGGCUGUGAUGUUCUGUUUCAUAUUUCGUGUAUCGGCCUAUCUGUGGAAGUUUUCCGAAAAUCUGUUGACAUCCGACAUAGAUUUUUCCAAGUUGUGUGUGAUAAAUGCCGCGGUUUACUACAACAAAAUAUACGGAGACCAUCACUACCGGCUCCGGGAAAAGCCAUCUCCCAGACGAAACCACUUCAUUCAGCUCGUGGGGUCAAACGCGCUCGUGAGAGUACCUCUGUGAACUCCCCUUCCCCUACAACUCCACGAUCUGCACCACCGCCAGCGUCUUCUACCCCUACCGAUUCUCACAACCAAUGUUCCCCACAGAUUGACGACUCAGAGUCGGAGCCCCCUAAUCUUUCAGCGCAUACCUGUGAACCUCUGAACACUGAAGAUAAAUGGAUCAUUCAAAAACGCAAAAGUUCACGCAACAACUUUCAACCUCUCCCUAACGACAGACGACCGUCCAAAACCACAAGCCCCUCCACUCCUGCUGCCUCAAGUUCGUCACCGAUCUCCCUGAGGCGUUAUAAUCUCAUGGUGUUCUAUGCACCAGAGUCAAAAGAUGAAAACCCUCAGAAACGUUAUGAUCACGAUGUUGAGUUCCUUCAGGGGCUCGUUGAUAAACUGUUGGAUGUGGGUGAAGGCAGCGUAACGAUAAAACAAGUAGUCCGACUUGGUCAGCAUACUAAUCAAUCAUGUCGACCUUUAAGAAUCACCUUUGCUGACCACAGCACGCCACAACUCAUUCUGUCUCGUCUCUCCAGGCUUAAAGGCACCAGGGUUCACAUCCGCCGAGACUUGGAACCCGAAGAGAGGAACCGCUUGAAGACUGCGAUCCUUGAGCUUAAACGCCGUACAGAAGAAGGCGAAACUGAUCUGCACAUCGUAAAUUUUCGAGUGAUCAAGAAGGGUGCACGAACCCGUAUCAGUCGGUUGAUCAACCUCAAGGCACGUCCCGCGGUGCCUCUCAGGACCUCCGUGUUGCAUUCACAAACAUCUGUAGCCUUAUGAACAAACGGGAUGAGCUGUGUCGCUUCGUUGCCUCUGAGCGACCAGACGUCGUAGGACUGGCGGAGACAUGGCUAACUUCUGAGGUAAUGGCAGAGGAAGUCGAUCUCAGUGGCUACUCAUGCUUUCGCUGCGAUAGAAUAUCAAAUCCUCGUGGUGGUGUCUUACUUUAUAUACGGUCUUCCCUGCGUGGGAGGCUUGUAAGCGUGUACCGAAGUGAAGAUGGACUGUGUGAACAGGUAUGGUGCUCGAUCAACCUCAGGCUCGGCAAGCUGACAGUAGGUGCAUUCUACCGUAGCCCUCUGAACCGCUCUUUAGAUUGGCUACCGCAUCUUCGGAACAACAUGAGUCGUCCAUGUUUUCUACUCAUGGGUGACUUCAAUUGUCCCCACAUUCAAUGGCCUGAAAUCCAACUCAUGCCCGGGUAUUCUGAAGUCGAAUCAAAGUUUGUUGAUUUGUUGCUUGAAACUGGGGCACCGCAACACAUAUACCAACCUACGCGCAUGACGGCGCGUUCGAACCCAUCGUGCCUUGAUUUGAUGGUGACAAAUUGCGAACAGCGGUUGCAUGACAUACGAAUCCAGGAGCCCCUAGCUAAAAGCGACCAUUCCGUGCUGACAGCCACUAUGGAACUGAACUUGCCGAGUGUAUCUCCGGUGGAACCAGCUUACAACUACUGGAAAACUGAUUUCGAUGGAUUAAAUCGAGCAGCGAGCCAAAUGGAUUGGUCUCUACCGCAUGUUACAUCUGUGGAGGACGGUUGGACAGUAAUAAAGGAAGGAUUGGCUUUGCUUUGUUCUCAGUUUGUGCCGUUGAAAUUUCAGAAAGUCGGGCCAAUCAAAGCACACUGGUAGGACAAGGAAUAUGGUAGGCUGGCUCGGUUACGACGAAGAAUGUGGGACGCAUUUCGCCUCUCUGGCUCCGCCACUGAUUACGAAGCAUAUAAAAGACAGCGAAAUAUUUGCAACAAAGUGAAAUUGAUAAAGCGCCGGAAGUUCGAAGAAAAGCUUGCAACUGACGCGAGGAUGGCCCCAAAGAAGAUCUUUGCUUACGUGAAACGCCGUUUGAAGCCAAAAGGUGACGUGUCAUGUCUGGAAGACGCGGACGGACACCUGCUAACUUCCAGUUCCGAUCGCGCGUCCGCACUGGCCGCUCACUUCGCUUCCGUGUUUGCAAACGACGCGGCGUCCGUACCCAUCUCAGCGAGUAACAUUCCUGUAGACCUCAACAGUUUGGUUUGUGAUGUCGACGAGGUGCGCCUGCUACUUGCGAACCUUGACGGUACCAAGCCUGCAGGGCCUGACGGGCUUCAUCCGCUAAUUAUCAAAUCACUAGCUGCCAUUAUCUCGCCUGUGGUUACGGAUCUAUUUAACAAAUCAUUGUCUGAGGGCUCAUUGCCAAACGACUGGAAGCGCUCGGUGGUGAGGCCGAUCCCGAAAGGUGGCGACCCCAGUAAGGUGGAUAACUACAGGCCAAUUUGUCUUACACCCGUUUUGGCCAAAGUGAUCGAGAAGAUAGUAAAAAAGCGUCUAAUACAUCUGUUACAAUCGAAAGAACUUCUGACACCGGCACAACACGGAUUCAGGAUGGGAUAUUCUUGUGUUACAAACUUACUUGUGACGAGACAGGAAUGGUUGCAAGCACUGAACCGGGGAAAGUCCGUCGACGUAAUCUACAUCGACUUCAGCAAAGCAUUCGACAAAGUCAAUCAUGAAUUGCUUCUAGACAGAUUAAGGUCGUGUGGUGUCGGAGGAUCGUUACAUCGAUGGAUCCAUGAAUUUCUCGUUGGAAGAAAGUGGAGGGUACAGGUGGACGGCCAUCUAACCGAUUGGUAUCCCUCGACCAGUGGUGUACCUCAAGGUACGGUACUGGGACCCACUCUGUUUCUCAUCCACAUCAACGAGCUGCCCCAGCUUCUACGGUCGCCGUGUGCACUGUUUGCGGAUGACCUCAAAAUUUGGCGAGAAAUUAAUACUCUCGAUGACUGUGACAUUCUCCAACAAGACCUCGACCGCCUCGCAGUAUGGUCUGCUGAAGUCCACCUACCGGUCAACCCGGUCAAGUCCCUAUUCAUGAGUCUCGGGAAGGCUGUUCACGGACGAACGUACACCCUAGACGGCCAACCACUGCAUCCCACACCUUCCGUGAGAGACCUAGGUGUACUCUCACGCUGCGACUUGAAGUCCGUCGACAACACCAACAAACUGUAUCGAAACGGACUGCGCAUGCUCUGGGCGCUGAAACGCAGCUUCUGCACUUGGUCUGAGGACGUCGCCACUCGCCUCUUCUCUUCCAUCGUCAGACCAAUGGUAGAGUACGGCUCGCCUGCAUAUUGUCCGAUCACUCGCGGCGAAGCGCAAAAGAUCGAACGAGUACAACACAUCGCCACCAAGUUGAUCCCCAGCUUGAGAGGCUUAUCGUAUGAAGACCGGUGCAUGAAACUUGGGCUCUACACCUUGUCAUAUCGCCGUGUUCGAGUGGAUCUUAUCAUGACCUACCGUAUUUUACAUCUCGGUCAUUUCCCCAUGCUAAGGUCGUUACUCCACUUGCGAGUACCAUGCACCACACGUGGGCACAGGUACAAACUCGUGGUACCUGAUCUGAAGAAAAUCCCACACCCCCUGUGUUUCGAGCGGAGGGUUGUGCACGCCUGGAACAGUCUGCCAGAACACGUCGUCGAGGCCGAAUCUGUGCAGAAAUUCAAAUCUUUGUUGGAUGUACACUUCGCUAACAUACGUUUCAGAGAACGGUUGCCACUUGACAACGAUAUCACCCACUUGUGACUCACUGUGUAAACAAGCAUUUUGUGUGCUACAGAAGGAGUUGCUGAACCAUCUCAGGAUAAACACCAGACGUGUUUAUUUAUUUUUUUUAAAUGUUUUUUGAUUAUCACCCGAUGGAGUUGUACAGAAUUGUUUUCUACUUGCUCCAAAAUACAGUAUUCAGUAUUC